UUUUGACUUGACUUGGCAAGAACAAAAUUCCAAAAAAAGCAAAACUUUUCUAUCGCUCCCAUAUUUAUUGUUUUUAAAUAAAGUUAAAUAUUUUAUUUUAAUGUUAAAAUAAGUUAAACGAAAAGAUCAACAAUGACUUCAAAUGAACCAUGUAUAUCUGAUCAAUUAGACAACGAUGAAGUCCGUGAAAUACUCAAAACAGGCACAGACUUGCGUCAAUAUUCACGACAAAUCGAAAGAGAUUUCAAAGAAGUCGAAAACAAAUCCAUUGAAGAUUACAUUGCCGAGAGUCAAAACAUUGCCAGUCUACACAAUCAAAUUGGUGAAUGUGAUGAUAUUCUCGAGCGUAUGGAAUCGAUGUUAAUGAAUUUCCAAAAUGUCUUGAGUAAUAUCAGUUCGGAGAUUACAACUCUCCAAAAGAAAUCAGUUUCAAUGUCGGUUCAAUUGACUAAUCGACAGUCGGUUAAGGCUCAAUUGUCACAAUUUAUUGAAGAUAUGGCAAUUCCUGAAGAAAUGAUUACGACGAUUAUGGAAACUCCAGUAACAGAAAAAGAAUUCAUAAGCAAAUUGAAUACUUUGAAUCACAAGUUGAAUCUUGUGAAAGAACUCAGUUUCAAAGAAAGCAAAUCGGCUGCAGAUGUUUGUGAUGUUCUUCAUAAAUUAAAAGUCAAAGCUAUGGCAAAGAUUCGUACUUAUUUGCUGGAACAGAUUUACAAAUUCCGCCGGCCAAUGACAAACUAUCAAAUUCCCCAGAAUGCCAUGUUGAAGCACAAGUUCUUUUUUGAGUUUAUUUUGUCGAAUGAAAGACAAGUGGCUCAGGAGAUUUGUAAUGAGUAUAUUGAUACGAUGGGAAAGAUUUAUUACAGUUAUUUUAAGAGUUAUUCAUCACGAUUGCUAGCUUUGAAGUUUGAAGAAUCUGUAACCAAAGACGAUUUGAUGGGAAUAGAAGACACAGCGUCGAAAAGUUUGUUCUCGAAAGCAACUAAUCUCAAGCACAAGAGUACCAUUUUUACGAUUGGCAAACGGGGUGAUAUUUUGAAUCAGCAAUUGGAGGCACCUAUUAUAGUCCCACAUGCGCAGCUUAAAAAUAGGUACACCUUUGAAGCUCUAUUCCGCUCCGAACAAUAUGCAUUGGUCGACAAUGCAUGUCGAGAAUAUUUGUUUGUUAUUGAAUUUUUCAUGGUUCGUGGAAUUCAAGCUCAGGAUCUAUUCAAUCAGAUUAUGGGCAAAACGCUUACUUUUAUGAUUAAAAAUCUGGAAAGCAGUAUACAGGAGUGCUAUGAUACUAUUGCGAUGUUUCUGUGUAUUCAGUUGAUAUUUCGAUACCAAUUGAUGUGUCAUAAAAGAUGUGUUCCGGGAUUGGAUAAGUAUUGGGAUUCAAUGCAAGCUGUUAUAUGGCCACGUUUUGAUCAUGUUUUUCGAUUGAACAUAAAAAGUAUUCGUGACUGUGAUCCAACUAAAUUCAACAAAGAAAUGGGUCCUCAUUACAUAACACGACGUUAUGCAGAAUUUUCAGCGGCAAUCGUUGGCAUUUCUGAGCAUUUCCCAAACGAAGUUGUCAGUUUGCUCCUCCUCGAACUACAAAAUGAAGUCGAAUGUUUCAUCCUUCGAAUGGCGGCAAUAUUUCCAUCACGAAAAGAGCAACUCAUCUAUCUCAUCAAUAAUUAUGAUCUGGUUUUGGGUGUUCUUAUGGAACACACUCGAGAUAAUUCCAAAGAAGCUGAAGCAUUUCGUGAACAACUCAAUGCUCGAAGUUCAGAAUAUGUUGAAGAAAUUCUUGCACCACAUUUUGGUGGAAUCAUUCAAUUUGUCAAAGAAUGCGAGCAUUACUUUGAAAAAGAACAAAUGGAUGAAUUACGAAAACAAGAAAGACGCAGUCUUGCACUGGUUGCAAGUUUUUCAGCCAAUUGGAAGAAAUCACUCGAAGAAUUGAAUCGUGAAGUUCUGCUUUCGUUUCCAUCUCUACUCACCGGAUCUCAACUUUUACAGCUAGCUUUGGCCAGUUUAGUGCAAUAUUAUCAUCGAUUCCAUAAAUUACUUACACCAAAUGCCAGAGCUCAACUUACAAAUAUACAUGUGGUUAUGGUAGAAAUUAAAAAGUAUAAAAGUAACUAUUAAAUAAAUUCAGUAAGACUUG